AUGACCGACAAUGGCAUUCCCCUGACCACGGUCAGAAGCAAUGCCUCUACUACGGGCGCACGCAAGGCGAAUCCCGGAAACUCGACCUCGUAUGAUUCUACAUCGCAAAAUGGCUUCGAAAAGGCUCCGGGCGAGCUGCAUCACCGACAUGCUGGGCGUCGGCGGAAACAUGGCGAGGACAAAUUGGGUCGCAGAGGCACCGGCGGCUCUGAUGAGGUCAGCGUAAAUUUUCUCGGCAGACUUUACGCCAAGAUUGUCGGAUUUUCCGUCGUUACUCGCUAUAUGGUCUACGUUGUUCCUAUCGGAAUCCUCUUGGCUGUGCCCGUUCUCGUCUUUGCCUUUACGACUGCUGGAGAUGGCACCAGAGUCGGCGGCGAGGAUGGUCCCACUCUCUUCAACCUUUUUCUUUGGAUUGAGAUAUCUUGGUGCUCGCUCUGGAUAGCCAAGAUCGUUGCCUGGGUGCUCCCCAAGGUCUUCAUGUUCUUCUGCGGUAUUGUCAGCAUGGGUGUUCGAAAAUAUGCUACGGUGUUGAAGAAUCUGAGUAUUACUCUGUCAAUCUUCUUCUGGGCGCUGGCGACCUGGCUCACGUUCAAGGGUCUUUUCCGUGACCCAUUGAGCCAAAACGUUGGGUGGGUGACCAACCUUGAGCGAGUCCUCGGCGCAUUGUUUGUGUCGUUGGCUGUGCUGUUAAUCGAAAAGGCCUUUGUCCAGCUGAUUGGCGUGUCUUACCAUCAGCGCUCGUUUGCCAACAGAAUCAGGGCCUCCAAGCGUGAAAUUCAUCUGCUCGGAAUCCUCUACGACGCAUCGCGGGCUUUGUUCCCCAUGUACUGCGAGGAGUUUGCGGAGGAAGACUACAUCAUCAACGAUAGCAUCGAGAUGAUGUUGCGCGGAAAGAAGAGCAAGAUCAUUGGCGGAAACGGCGCCGCUACUCCUAUGAAGAUUAUUGGCGAUGUUGGCCGUUUUGGCGACAAGGUUACCUCAGUCGUUGGCCAUGUUGCCAAGGAGAUUACCGGAAAGCAAGUGUUCAACCCAAACUCGGCCCACUCCAUUGUCCUUGAGGCCCUCGAGAAGAAGCUCCCGUCCGAAGCCCUGGGCAGACGCAUCUGGAUGUCGUUUGUCCUCGAGGGCAAGGACGCACUCUACCUAGAAGAUUUCGAAGAGGUUCUUGGUCCCGCGUACAAGGACGAUGCUGAAGAAGCCUUUAAUAUGAUAGACUCAGACUUGAACGGCGACAUUAGUCUCGACGAGAUGGUUCGCAAGGUCGUUGAGAUGGGCACAGAGCGCAAGGCUAUUGGGGAGGGUAUGAAGGAUAUCGGUCAGGCCCUCCGAGUUUUCGAUAAGGUCUUGAUGUUUGUGGUCUUGUUGAUUACCAUUUUCAUUUUCCUUGCCUUUUUCAGGAGCAGCAUCGUCGCCACUAUAGCAACGGCUGGAACGGCGCUUCUCUCACUGUCUUUCGUCUUUGCUGUGACCACCCAGGAGUUCCUCGGUUCUUGCAUUUUCCUUUUUGUCAAGCAUCCUUAUGACGUGGGCGACAGGAUUGAAGUCGGUGGUACGCAGAUGCUGGUUGAGAGGAUCUCUCUGCUGUACACCGUCUUCACCAAGACUGCUCAGAACCAGAUUACUCAGGUGCCAAACAUUGUGCUGAAUAACCUUUGGAUCGAUAAUGUUUCUCGCAGCAAGGCCAUGACUGAAUCAUUCCAGGUUGAUGUUUCCUAUGAUACGUCGUUUGAAGACAUUGAGCUGCUUCGCAUCGAGAUGGAAAAGUUUGUCAGGCAUCCCGACAACUCUCGCGACUUCAAGCCCGACUUCACCAUCGGGGUUGGCGGCGUCAACAACCUCGACAAGCUUACGCUCGAAAUCUCCAUCCAGCACAAGUCCAACUGGCACAAUGGCGUCGUCCGCGCAACCCGCCGCUCCAAGUUUAUGUGCGCCUUGGCCCUUGCCCUCAAGAAGGUCCCCAUCUACGGCCCUGGCGGUGGUGCCGAGGCUUUGGGCGGACCUACUAACCCAACUUAUUCGGUUGCCGUGACGGACGCAUGGGCAACAAACAGCCGUGACAACGCUGCCAAGGAGAAGGACGCUGGCCGCAUGAUUCCCGCCCAGGUCGGCCAAACAGACGCCGAGGCUCGCGCUGCUGAGCAGAACGCCGCCGCGGAACUAAACGCCCGGUCACUGGCGGUGGAAACGGCGGGCAACUGGGACAUGCGCGACGACAGAUCCUUCACCUCUCGAUCCCCUUCGGACGACCCCCGACGGUCAAGAGAAAUUGACUCGAUGCGCAACGAUCUUCUUAAGAAGGAGAGUCAGCGCGGGCGCCGAAAAGCUGGUGAGGGCCUCCAAACACUCAGUCCCACGGAGACACACGGGACACACUCGGCACACAGCCCUCGCCUAGGGACCUUUGAUGAAGAAGCUCAGACUGGCAUUCCCCAGCGCUUCUACAGCGUCAGCCGUAGCCACGAGCCUGCCAUCCAGGAAGAUGAGCAGGGCCUUCACCCUUCGGCCUCUCAGCGCCACGGACAGGGCUUGUCUCACCAUCCUUCGCGGGGUCCUUCGCCGGCUCAUCGCUAA